AAACCCACCCAUCAAUCGCAUUGACCUAAACAUUCAUCAUAUUACCUGGUAAUAACUAUCAUCAAUCCAAUCCGAACGUCCUAUACUAUGUCCCUCAGUCGGUGUAUUCUGGUGGACUCGAAGAAUCCAUAUUCGAUUGCCACAAACGACGGCAUAUUUUAAACUCUUCAACGACCACUCAAACGCACAGCAGCCGUCAGGCGCGUUUAUAUCCCGUUUCUAGGCGCGACUCAGCCUUCAUCCACCCUCGACGUCCGCCGUCUCAUACUCAGUCUAGGGAACGCCAUGUCAACCCCAACUAUUCUCCGUAUUCCUCGCUCCGAUGAGCAAGGGGCCUUUGUACUCGUCCACGCCUCACAGACCCGAUCUAAGCCCCUGGACCUAAAACUCGUCGGCACCGAUGGCCUGGCCCCAUAUAUGACCUUCUUACGGCAUAGCCAGGCAUCUUCGCUCAUGGUGAAGAACAGUCCUGUUUCGGAAGAGGAAUGGCUCGAAAUCCUUUCAGGUAUCCUCCACCAAGAGCCUACGGAAGGCAUGGAGGCGGUUGCCUCCGUGGAAAGCGAGUCCUCGAUUGUAAUCACAUUCAGAAAGCAGGUCCGGGGCGUCACUCAACGCCUGGGGACACUUGAACUCAAGCACGCACCCGAUGAAGAGAUUGAACUGUUUGAUUGGUGCGGCAUCGCCGCGGACGCCAUAACCCAAGCGAAGAAGGCCCUCGCCUCCGCCGCGGCUAAGACCGCCGAGCUUGAAAAAGCCGGAGCCGAGCUACAUCGCCAGCUGGGGGAGCUCAUCCAGGCCAAAAACGCGGAUGAGGCAGCGAUGCUGGAGAGAUUCCGCGAUCUCCUCAACGAAAAGAAGGUUAAGAUUCGCGAGCAGCUCCGCCUCCUAGCCGAUGCGACUGUGGUCCCGAACGUACUGGCGCAGUCACAACAAUCAAACAGCAUGAAAUCAGAAUCGGGCAAAGGUCACCUAGCACAGCGGUCCAGGCCCACGAAGCGGAAGGUCCCCGCUCAUGAAGAAGCGGCAGAAGAGGACGACGAGUCGGAGGGGUUCGACAAGAUGGACGUCGACUCGACGACUCGAACCUCUGCGCCAGAAGCGUCUGAUGACCAGAGGGAGACGACGGACGCAGAGACCGAGGCGGAGACGGAGACGGCGAGCGAGGGCAUGGACGAGGACGAGGACGAGGACGACAAGCGUGCCCCGCAGCCUCAGAGAGCAACAUCUUCGAAGCAGUCCGCGAGUGUACGACAAUCUCAAGAAUCGAAGCCAUCCCCCCAGAAGGAAAAUACACCGCCGCCCCGCCGAGAUUUACCGUUCAUGAAAAAGAAGGCAGAGAAGCGAAAGGCGACACCUCCUCCCGCAGGAAGUGAGACAGAGUCGGACGAUGAGCUGUGAUCGAUUUAUGAGAAAGAGCGUGGGCCGUUUGAUCCAUUCUACAACCGGGCCUGGACAACAUGAUGCAAUAUACCUGCAUUUCACAUGACGGCCAACUCAUGGCGAUGUCCUAAGAAGUUCACAAUGCC